AGCUGUGUCAGGUUAAAAAAGGUUCAGAUGAACUCGUGAUCAAAUCACUGCAUUUUGUCUGCUCAGUCCCAAAAAUCAGCUCCAUCCAACAGCUAAUUAAAAGGUUGGCUUUUUCCAUUUGGUUGUGACAUGAGCUGUAAAGUUGUGUAACUUUGUAGAGAUAUGGUUGAUAAACUAACAUGUGUGAGGCAUUUGUUAAGCUCCCAUUGAAUGUUCAUUACAGUAAAUGCUAUUUUUAUGUUUUUACAGGCUUAAUAAGGGUGGAGUCAGCAUGAUUUUCUGUUGUAAGCAAUUGCUUUCUGAAGAUUCAGUAAGUCUUAAAUUAACACAGAAUAUUAAGUUUACACCAUUGGUUAAGUUUCUGUGGUUAAGUACCAAAAUAUCUGAUUUUUGUUAAUGGAUGACAGGCUUGAUUAAAAAUGUGAACAUCAUCAUUUGACAGCGAAAAAGGGCAAUAGUUCCUGUUUUUUCUUUCUUUCAUUUGUCGGUCAUGGUCUUCUUUUUUUUUUUAUCUUGCUUGUUCCUCAAUUUGUGUUUUUUACGUUUUACAAUUUGUUCAAAAGAGCCAGUCAAUGGAAAAUAUUGAAGGAAAAUGAAGCUGAUUUUGUUUCUUCUGGUCCUCUUGAAGAACGGAAUGAAUCCAGCCGAGGGACUCCGUGCGAAUUAUUCAUCUGAGCAAAUUAUUUUAAAUUAUUCAUUUGACCCGAUUUUUAAUAGUUAUGGAAAAGUUUGCUGUAAAUUUGAUGAGUCGGUGUGCUCCACCUUUGUGAACAAUAGCGGACAAUACACUCCCCUGUAUCGAGGAAGAAUAUUCAUCAACAAUUACAAUGGAGAAUUUGAAGUAAGAAUUACAGACCUGAGUGUAAUGGAUACUGGCAUGUACAGCUGUGGUUUCAGCUGGUUUCCUAAGACCUUUGAAAGUGUUGAAGUUACAUUUUCUGAUCUCAGUGGAGUAACCUCAGCUCCUCUCUGGCCAAAAUCCUCCAUCAAGCCAGACGUCUGGCCCUCUUCUCCCUCUACACCCAUUGUUUCUGAGAACGACGCAGAGAAACUCAGCUGCAGAACAUCCAUCAUCCUACUUGCUGGUUUCAGUCUUAUGGUGUUUGCUGCCGUCUUAGCAAUUCUGCUUGUGUUCUUUCUAAAGAAUCGGAAGAAACAAUCCAAAGAUACAUCUGGAACUUGCAGUUCUCUCAACACCAGUUUGAUUACCCAGGUUCAGUAUAUCAACUUUCAGGGAGGAGUUCAAUAUCAAAUUCCUCAACAGCUUGUUAUGGAAUCUCAAGACAACCAAAUUCAGAUGAAUCAUGGACAAAUCGCUCAAGACGAAUAUGAAAAUGAUGAUUCUGCAGAAACAUCAGGUUGAACGUAAAGCAAAUCACAC